CUGGACUGCUGUCCCGGGGGUGCGCCGCUGGCCGCCAGCGACGGGGUCCCCGCGGGGCUGGCGCCCGACGAGCGCAGCUUGUGGGUGUCGCGCGUGGCGCAGAUCGCCGUGCUCUGUGUGCUGUCGCUCACCGUGGUCUUCGGCGUUUUCUUCUUGGGCUGCAAUCUGCUCAUCAAGUCCGAAAGCAUGAUCAACUUUCUGGUGCAGGAGCGCCGGCCCUCCAAGGACGUGGGAGCCGCCAUCCUGGGGCUGUACUGA